GAACUCCGAGUGCCAAAGCUAAGUAAGUUCUCUGACAAAACGCACGCAGCUUGCGGCGCCUCCGCCGGGCCACUGACCCCGCGGAGACCAAGUGGACUUGGCGUGGAACGUGCACGGGGUCAGGGACCCACUUCGUUCCCCGCGCGCUCCAGCAGCGGAGAGAAGGAACCGCUGCCCGAAGUUCCUGCGAAGAGGUGGUCAGCGGUGGAGGGAGAUCAGUAAAGCGAGCUGUUUUUGUCAUUUCGCCGCCUGGUGAGUGUCGGGGAGAUUGGCAAACGCCUCGGAGGAGACCGAGAGAAAUAGCUCUGGAAAAGUGGAGAGAGUGAUCCGGCGGCCGCUUCACUGCAUGCUGCUUAUGUGCAUGGGUAAGAGCUCUUUUUCGGCGGUUCCACUUCCCAGUGCUUUCCAGGUGACCGGACUGCGGUCGACCCCGCAACCAACGGUGCGCGCGCCCCCGGGAGAACCUCACUCCAACACCUCGAGGGCGGAAAGUUCUGGCCACGAAAAGUUCCUGCCCAAGGUGAUUAUCAAUUCCUUACUUGAUUUUUUUUUUUUUUUCUCUUGAGAACUUUUGGGUGGAGGCAUUAACUUUUUGUGUGGAAGCUACUUUGGGGAGCGAGGAGGAGGAGGAGAAAGUGCGAUUUGAUGGAGAAAAGCGACUCCUUGUUCUCCCACACGUCCCAUCCCCUAAGCCACCACGUGUAGAAGAUUAAAGUUGUUGGACGUGUUGACAGCUGAGAGGAGCACGGACUUCUUUCCAGGUGGAGACCCUCCACCUCCACCGCCUGUUGGUUCUACCCCUCCUGCGUGCAUGUGUGCGCCAGCGGCGGCGCGCGGUGCGUUGUUCUGCCUUGGAGUUUCAGCUGGGACCGGAGUGAAUGGCCCCCAGGGGCUGCGCGGGACCUCCGCCUCCGCCACUUCCUCCGCAGGCCUGGGUCUGGCCCGGAAAGAUGCUAGCCAUGGGGGCGCUGGCAGGCUUCUGGGUCCUCAGCCUCCUCACCUACGGUUACCUGUCCUGGGGCCAGGGCUUGGAGGAGGAAGAGGAAGGGGCUUUGCGAACUCAAAGUGGAGAGAGACCGGAGCCCAGCAUAACUACCAUCUCCCAGCCCCAUCUCAUUUUCAUCCUAGCAGAUGAUCAGGGAUUUAGAGAUGUGGGUUACCACGGAUCGGAGAUAAAGACUCCCACCCUGGACAAGCUUGCUGCCGAAGGAGUUAAACUGGAGAACUACUAUGUCCAGCCUAUUUGCACACCGUCCAGGAGUCAGUUUAUUACUGGAAAGUAUCAGAUACAUACCGGACUUCAACAUUCUAUCAUAAGACCUACACAGCCCAACUGCUUACCUCUGGACAAUGAAACCCUACCUCAGAAGCUGAAAGAGGUUGGAUAUUCAACACAUAUGGUUGGAAAAUGGCAUUUGGGUUUUUAUAGAAAGGAAUGUAUGCCCACCAAGAGAGGAUUUGAUACCUUUUUUGGUUCCCUCUUGGGAAGUGGCGAUUACUAUACACACUACAAAUGUGACAGUCCCGGGAUGUGUGGCUAUGACUUGUACGAAAAUGACAAUGCUGCCUGGGACUACGACAACGGCAUAUACUCCACACAGAUGUACACUCAGAGAGUGCAACAAAUCUUAGCUUCCCAUGACCCCAGAAAGCCUAUAUUUUUAUAUAUCGCCUACCAAGCUGUGCACUCUCCACUGCAAGCCCCUGGCAGGUAUUUUGAACACUACAGAUCCAUUAUCAACAUAAACAGGCGCAGGUAUGCUGCCAUGCUUUCCUGCUUAGACGAAGCAAUCAACAAUGUGACCCUGGCUCUAAAGACGUAUGGUUUCUAUAACAACAGCAUUAUCAUAUACUCUUCAGAUAACGGCGGCCAGCCCACAGCAGGAGGAAGUAACUGGCCCCUCAGAGGUAGCAAAGGAACCUACUGGGAAGGGGGGAUCCGGGCUGUUGGCUUCGUGCACAGCCCACUUCUGAAAAACAAGGGGACGGUGUGUAAGGAGCUUGUGCACAUCACCGACUGGUACCCCACUCUGAUUUCACUGGCUGAAGGACAAAUUGAUGAGGACAUUCAACUGGAUGGCUAUGACAUCUGGGAGACCAUAAGUGAAGGCCUUCGUUCUCCCCGAGUAGAUAUUUUGCACAACAUCGACCCCAUUUAUACCAAGGCGAAAAAUGGCUCCUGGGCGGCAGGCUAUGGGAUCUGGAACACCGCCAUCCAGUCGGCCAUCAGAGUGCAGCACUGGAAACUGCUCACAGGGAACCCCGGGUACAGUGACUGGGUGCCCCCUCAGUCGUUCAGCAACCUAGGGCCGAACCGGUGGCAUAACGAACGGAUCACGUUGUCAACUGGCAAAAGUGUGUGGCUGUUCAACAUCACAGCCGACCCCUAUGAGAGAGUGGACCUUUCUAACAGGUAUCCCGGAGUUGUGAAGAAGCUCCUCCGGAGGCUGUCACAGUUCAACAAAACCGCGGUGCCUGUCAGGUACCCCCCCAAAGACCCCAGAAGUAACCCUCGGCUCAAUGGAGGAGUCUGGGGACCGUGGUAUAAAGAGGAAAACAAGAAACAGAAGCUACGCAAAAAUAAGACUGCGAAAAAGCAGAAGAAAAGUAAGACAAAGAAGAAACAGCAGAAAGCGGGUUCGUUUACAAACUGCCGUUUGGGUGUUCCUCGUGGAUAGGUACAAAUUGUUUCCUGUCUGGUUAAACUUAAAUCAGUUACUUAGUCUUUCACCAGUUUUCUAGGUGAACCAGUAUGUUUGGCUCAGUAGGAUCCCUGCUGGAUCAGCAUCGCUGGUUUCGUGUCGCGCUACUCCAGAGACUUCGGCCACCUGGAAAGCUUGUGCUCGCUGCCAGAGGUGCUACUCUGGGAAGCCAUGCUUAGAGCAGAAAGGAGAUGUUUGUUUCUCUUGCUCCGUUAUAAAAGGUGGUCAGGGACGAGUCCAGCUGUUGUGCUUCAGUCAACUGACCAAACACUAUGCUUUAAAUGAUAAAAUUGGGCUGUAACCUGCAAUUGAUGGACAUGCUACUUUGAUGGAAGUUACAGGGCAGCAUGAUUAAAAGCCCCCUUUGAUGAAGUGUAGUCAAAGGUUGCAUCACCUCAGAGGCCUUGAAAAACAUUUUUUUCUUAGUGAAUUUUUGUAUCUCUAUCGUAGGACACUUGGGGUUUUUUAAUUAAUUCUAUUUCAUACAUCAUUUCCUUUCCUGUGAAAAUAAGCUGUUUUUCUCACAUGUGAACAGCUUGCACCUCACGUUAUCAUGCAUAAGGGAACGGCAAAUAAGAAUCUUUGAGCACACUGCCAAAACGUGAAUGUAACUAUUUUCUAAACACUUUCAUAGGAUGAUGUUUCAGAAUAAAGUACAUAAUUUAUUUUUACAGAAAAAAUAUUAAUUAUUUUGUUUUCAUAAAAAGUUAUACAAAUGACUUUUAAUUAUUUUAUUUUUAUUUUCUACAUACCAUUAGAAGGAUUUUAUUUCAGAUUAUCAAGAUUAUCAAGUACUGUAAUACUAUAAAUUAAUGGUGCGUGAAUUCAUAGAAUAUAAAAAGAAAAAAAUGAAAAUCAUCAUUGUUCAACCAUUAUUUUGAAUGUAAUAAGAUGAAUAUAUUCCUUACAAAUUACUUGGAAAUUCAGUGUUUGUACAGAAUUGAGAGACAACUUUAUUGUUUCUGUCAUAAACAUUUUAUUUAUGUAUCUUAAUUAUUAAAAUGACA